AUGAUUUUAUCUUUGUAUGGUCUUUUGUGGAUUUUUUCUUUUCUUUUUUUUUUCUUCUUUUCUUUUUUUUCUUCUUUUCUUUUUUUUUCUUCUUUUCUUUUUUUUUCUUCUUUUCUUUUUUUUUCUUCUUUUCUUUUUUUUCUUCUUUUCUUUUUUUUCUUCUUUUCUUUUUUUCUUCUUUUCUUUUUUUCUUCUUUUCUUUUUUCUUUUCUUUUUUUUUUCUUCUUUUCUUUUUUCUUCUUUUCUUUUUUUUUCUUCUUUUCUUUUUUUUUCUUCUUUUCUUUUUUUCUUCUUUUCUUUUUUUCUUUUCUUUUUUUCUUCUUUUCUUUUUUUCUUUUCUUUUUUUUUCUUCUUUUUUUUUUUUUCUUUUCUUUUUUCUUUUCUUUUUUUUUUUUUUUUUUUUUUUUUUUUUCUUUUUUUCUUUUUUUUUUUUUUUUUUUUUUUUUUUUUUUUUUUUUUUCUUUUUUUCUUUUCUCUUUUUUUCUUUUCUUUUUUUUCUUUUCUUUUUUUUUUUCUUUUUUUUUUUUCUUUUUUUUUUUUUUUUUUUUUCUUUUUUUUUUUUUUUUCUUUUUUUUUUUUUUUUUUUUUUUUUUUUUUUUUUCUUUUUUUUUUCUUUUUUCUUUUUUUUUUUUUUUUUUUUUUUUUUCUUUUUCUUUUUUUUUUUUUUUUUUUUUUUUUUUUUUUUUUUUUUUUUCUUUUUUUUUUUCUUUUUUCUUUUUUCUUUUUUUUUUUUUUUUUUUUUUUUUUUUUUUUUUCUUUUUUUUUUUUUUUUUUUUUUUUUUUUCUUUUUUUUCUUUUUUUUUUUUCUUUUUUUUUUUUUCUUUUUUUUUUCUUUUUUUUUUUUUUUCCCCGAUGGCCUUCUCAAUGCAGCCUGGGGAUGAAGAUUAUGAAGUAGUUCCAAAUUCCAAAUUUGUGGUAGCCCGCACAGCAUUUAAGGACAAUAGCUCUUUUUAUACUGUAGAUGGGAAACGCAAGACUUACAAAGAAGUGGCAACUCUACUGAGAGCUAGUGGCAUUGAUCUUGACCAUAACAGGUUCUUGAUACUUCAGGGUGAAGUUGAACAGAUUGCAAUGAUGAAGCCCAAGGCUCAAACAGAACAUGAUGAAGGAAUGUUGGAAUUUUUGGAGGACAUCAUUGGCAGCAGUCGAUUUAAAGAGCCAAUUGAGAUUAUGUCCAAGCGAGUAGAGAGUUUAAAUGGAUUACGGGGAGAAAAGCUGAACCGUGUAAAAGCUGUAGAGAAGGAGAAGGAUGAUUUAGAAGGAGCAAAGAAUGAGGCUGAAGAGUUUUUGAGCACUGAGAACAGUAUCACACUUUUGAAUAACAAACUAUAUCAAGGAUACAUGGCUGUUUGUGUUAACAAUGAAUCUAAGGCAUCUGCAGAGUUGAAAGAAUAUCAGGAUAAACUGAAUGAGGAAGGCAAGAAACUAAAAGAGGUUGUCGAUGAGAAAACAGCAAAGACAAAGGACUAUAACAAAUCAUUCAAGGAAUAUGAGUCACUUGUCAAAAAGAGUGAUGACUUGAAAGAGAGAUUCAGAGAGCUUGAAAGUAAGGAUGUGAAAUGUAGAGAGGAUCUUAAGCACGUAAAAAACAAAGAUAAUAAAUUACAGAAAACCAUUGAACAGGAAAAAAAACAUAUUGAAGAACUGAAAUCCAUCCCAGCACAGGCAGAGAAAGUGAUUGAAGAUGCCAACAAAAAGCUGGAAACUCUUGAAGUAAAAAAGAAGGAAGAAGAGAAAAAACUGCAAGAAGUUAUUGAGAGUUUGAAAACGGAAACUAAGGAUCUUCAAGAAGAAAAGGUCAAACAAGAAGAAAAACUAUUGGCCAUGCAAAAAACAGUUAAUGAAACUAAAUCUCAGUACAAUGUAGCCCAAUCUGAACUUGAUAUUUAUCUGAGCAACCAACAGAAUGAACAAUCAAAGCUCAAUGAGAUGACGAGAAACCUGAACAAAACAACUGCAACACUGAAGGAACGACAGGCUCAAUUAGUAGAUUUGGAGAAGAAGAUUCCUGCAACAAAACUAAAUCUGGAAAAAUCAAAGAAAGAAUUGGAAUCAGUUACAGCCAUGGAAGAAAAAGCAAACAAUGAGAUGAAAAGUGCACGUCUGAAGGUUGAAGAAUUGAAAAUGUCACAGCAAGCAGCCAAAAGCAAAGGAAAACUUUUUGAUUCAUUAAUGGUGCAAAAAAGAAAUGGUAAACUGCCAGGAAUUUAUGGUAGAUUGGGUGAUCUUGGAGCCAUUGAUGAUAAAUAUGACAUUGCCAUCUCGACUGCAUGUGGUGCCCUUGACAACAUUGUGGUUGAUAAAAUCUCCACAGCUAUGAAAUGUGUUGACUUCCUCAAAACACAUAAACUUGGUUCUUCUACGUUUAUUGGAUUAGACAAGAUGGAGAAAUGGAAAAAUUACUGCAAUAGGAAAAUAACUACCCCUGAAAAUGUUCCUCGUCUUUUUGAUCUGGUUAAAGUCAAAGAUGAUGCCAUAACUCCAGCUUUCUAUUUUGCUCUUCGAGACACAUUGGUGGCCAAAGACCUUGACCAAGCUACACGUAUUGCUUAUGGGAAGACACGUUACAGAGUGGUCACUUUACAAGGAGCUUUAAUUGACACUUCAGGUACAAUGAGUGGUGGAGGCAAUACUGUAUCUAAGGGUCGCAUGGGAUCUUCAGUAUUGGAAGAAGUUAAUCCCAAAGAACUUGAAAAAUGUGAAAAAGAGUUGGAGAAGUACACAGAGGAACUGGUCAGUUGCCGACAAAAGAAAUCAAAAUUAAUGGCUACUGUUCAGGAACUGGAGGACUCGUUUAAGCUGAGCAAGAUGGUUUUUGAAAAAGUUGAUAUCUCUUUCCUAUUUUUUCUCUCUCUCUCUUUCCUAUUUUUCUCUCUCUCUCUCUUUCCUAUUUUUCUCUCUCUCUCUCUUUCCUAUUUUUUUUCUCUCUCUCUUUCCUAUUUUUUCUCUCUCUCUCUUUUUCCUUUUUUUUUCUCUCUCUUUCCUCUCUCUUUCCUAUUUUUCUCUCUCUUUCCUAUUUUUCUCUCUCUUUCCUAUUUUUCUCUCUUUCCUAUUUUUUCUCUCUUUCCUAUUUUUUCUCUCUCUCUCUAUUUUUCUCUUUCCUCUUUUUUUUUUUCUCUCUCUUUCUAUUUUUUUUCUCUCUCUUUCCUAUUUUUUUCUCUCUCUCUCUUUCCUAUUUUUUCUCUCUCUUUCCUAUUUUUUCUCUCUCUUUCCUAUUUUUCUCUCUCUCUUUCCUAUUUUUUUCUCUCUCUCUCUUUCCUAUUUUUUUCUCUCUCUCUCUUUCCUAUUUUUUUCUCUCUCUCUCUCUUUCCUAUUUUUUUCUCUCUCUCUUCCUAUUUUUUUCUCUCUCUCUCUUUCCUCAUUAUUUUUUCUCUCUCUCUCUUUCCUAUUUUUUUUUCUCUCUCUCUCUUUCCCCAUUAUUUUUUCUCUCUCUCUCUCUUUCCUAUUUUUUCUCUCUCUCUCUCUUUCCUAUUUUUUUCUCUCUUUCCUAUUUUCUCUCUCUUUUCCUUUUUUUUUCUCUCUCUCUUUCCUAUUUUUCUCUCUCUCUCUCUUUCCUAUUUUUUUCUCUCUCUCUCUUUCCUAUUUUUUUCUCUCUCUCUUUCCUAUUUUUUUCUCUCUCUCUCUCUUUCCUAUUUUUUUUCUCUCUCUUUCCUAUUUUUUUUUCUCUCUCUCUUUCCUAUUUUUUUCUCUCUCUCUCUUUCCCUAUUUUUCUCUCUCUCUCUUUCCUAUUUUUUUCUCUCUCUCUUUCCUAUUUUUUCUCUCUCUCUUUCCUAUUUUUUUCUCUCUCUCUCUCUUUCCUAUUUUUUUCUCUCUCUCUCUCUUUCCUAUUUUUUCUCUCUCUUUCCUAUUUUUUCUCUCUCUUUCCUAUUUUUUCUCUCUCUUUCCUAUUUUUUCUCUCUCUUUCCUAUUUUUUCUCUCUCUUUCCUAUUUUUUCUCUCUCUUUCCUAUUUUUUUUCUCUCUCUUUCCUUUUUUUUUUUCUCUCUCUUUCCUAUUUUUUUUCUCUCUCUCUUUCCUUUUUUUUUCUCUCUUUCCUAUUUUUUUUCUCUCUCUCUCUUUCCUAUUUUUCUCUCUCUUUCCUAUUUUUUUUCUCUCUCUUUUCCUAUUUUUUCUCUCUCUCUUUCCUAUUUUUUUCUCUCUCUCUUUUUCCUAUUUUUUUUCUCUCUCUCUUUCCUAUUUUUUCUCUCUCUCUCUUUCCUAUUUUUCUUUUUCUCUCUCUUUCCUAUUUUUUCUCUCUCUUUCCCUCUCUCUCUCUCUUUCCUAUUUUUCUCUCUCUUUCCUAUUUUUCUCUCUCUUUCCUAUUUUUCUCUCUCUUUCCUAUUUUUUCUCUCUUCCUAUUUUUCUCUCUCUUUUUCCUAUUUUUUCUCUCUUUCCUAUUUUUUCUCUCUCUUUCCUAUUUUUCUCUCUUUCCCUAUUUUUUUUCUUUCCUAUUUUUCUCUCUUUCCUAUUUUUUCUCUCUUUCCUAUUUUUUUCUCUCUCUCUCCUCUUUUUUUUUCUCUCUCUCUCUCUUCCUAUUUUUUCUCUCUCUUUCCUCUCUCUCUCUUUCCUAUUUUUUCUCUCUCUCUCUCUAUUUUUUUCUCUCUUUUUUUUUCUCUCUCUCUUUCCUAUUUUUUUUUCUCUCUCUUUCCUAUUUUUUUUUCUCUCUCUUUCCUAUUUUUUCUCUCUCUCUCUUUCCUAUUUUUCUCUCUCUCUCUCUUUCCUAUUUUUCUCUCUUUCCUAUUUUUCUCUCUCUUUCCUUUUUUUUUUCUCUCUCUCUUUCCUAUUUUUCUCUCUCUCCUAUUUUUUUUCUCUCUCUCUUUCCCUAUUUUUCUCUCUUUCCUAUUUUUUCUCUCUCUUUCCUAUUUUUCUCUCUUCUCUUUCCUAUUUUUUCUCUCUCUCUCUCUUCCUAUUUUUUCUCUCUCUCUUCUUUCCUUUUUUUCUCUCUCUCUCUCUCUUUCCUAUUUUUUCUCUCUCUCUCUCUUUCCUAUUUUUCUCUCUCUCUCUCUUUCCUAUUUUUUCUCUCUCUCUCUCUUUCCUAUUUUUUCUCUCUCUCUCUCUUUCCUAUUUUUUCUCUCUCUCUCUCUUUCCUAUUUUUUCUCUCUCUCUCUCUUUCCUAUUUUUUCUCUCUCUUUCCUAUUUUUUCUCUCUCUCUCUCUCUUUCCUAUUUUUUCUCUCUCUCUCUCUCUUUCCUAUUUUUCUCUCUCUCUCUUUUUUCUCUCUCUUCUCUAUUUUCCUCUUUCUCUCUCUCUUCUCUUAUUUUUUUUCUCUCUCUCUCUCUCUUUCCUAUUUUUUCUCUCUCUCUCUCUUUCCUAUUUUUUCUCUCUCUCUCUCUCUUUCCUAUUUUUUUCUCUCUCUCUCCUAUUUUUCUCUCUCUCUCCUAUUUUCUCUCUCUCUCCCUCUCCAUACCCCCUAUAUAUAUAUAUCCAUCUAUAUAUAUAUAUAUAUAUAUAUAUAUAUAUAUAUAUAUAUAUAUAUAUAUAUAUACACCACUGCCAUAUGAAAAGCAGUUAGAAAUCCUACAGAAGAAAGUAAAUGAAUAUAAAAAAGUUUAUGAAAAAGAAGAAACGGCAGCUUCAAAGAUAAAGAAAGAAGUUGACCAAUUGCAAAAACAGAUUAUGGACAUUGGUGGAAACAAACUGAAAGCAGUUCAGUGUCGUGUGGAUGCCAUUUCCAAUAACAUUGAUCAAGUCACUGGUCAAAUUACUAAAACUAAAGUUGGAGUAAAAACCUCUGAACGGAAUUUGAAAAAAGCUCUGGACAAGUUGAAAACCUCUGAACGAGAACAAGAAGAAGCAUCAAAGAAAAUUCAAGAACUUCAAACAAUGUUUAAACAACUUGAAGUUGAUGCAAGAGAAGUUUUGGAUGCUCACAAAGAUGUCAAAGAAAAGAUCAAGUCCCAUGAGGACAUGUUACAAGGUGUCAAGGAGGAAAUUGCACAAAUUGAAGAAAAAGAAACUUUCACCCAUGUUCUCCACAUUUUGACAUUAACUUCUUUUUAUUUCUCACUUGUUAUUUUCUCUUGUUUCUUUAUUUUUUCUUUUUUUUCCUUUUCUCUCCUCCUCCCUUUCUCUCCCUCCUCCUUUUCUCCCUCCUCCUUUUCUCUCUCCCCUCCCUCCCUUUCUCUCCCUCCUCCCUUUCUCUCCCUCCCUCCCUUUCUCUCCCUCCCUCCCUUUCUCUCCCUCCCUCCCUUUCUCUCCCUCCUCCCUUUCUCUCCCUCCCUCCCUUUCUCUCCCUCCUCCCUUUCUCUCCCUCCUCCUUUCUCCUCCCUCCUCCCUUUCUCUCCCUCCCUCCCUUUCUCCCUCCCUCCUUUCUCUCCCUCCUCCCUUUCUCUCCCUCCCUCCUUUCUCCCCUCCUCCCUCUCCCUCCCUUCCUCCUCCUCCUCCCCCUCCUCCCCCUCCCUCCCUCCCCCUCCUCCUCCCCCUCCCUCCUUUAUCCUUACACAAUUGACAUUACAUAAAAUUGGCAAAGAAGAACCUCCUGAACUGGAAACAUUCAAACCAGAGGAUCUUGAGAAAGAUGAUCCAAAGAAUUUGGAAUAUGAGAUCACAGUCCUUGAAGAAAAACUGAACAAAAUGAAGCCAAACCUUACUGCUAUAAAUGAAUACAGAAAAAAGGAAGCACUUUAUUUAGAGCGUGUAACUGAAAUGGACCGCAUCACUGAAUGCCGUGAUCAACAGAAGCAGAUGUUUGAAGAUUUAAGAAAACAACGUUUAGAUGAAUUCAUGUGUGGCUUCAGUGUUAUAACCAACAAGCUCAAAGAGAUGUACCAGAUGAUCACACUGGGAGGAGAUGCAGAACUUGAAUUGGUUGAUUCUCUUGAUCCAUUCUCAGAGGGCAUUGUCUUCAGUGUACGACCACCAAAAAAGUCUUGGAAAAAUAUCUCUAACCUUUCUGGUGGUGAGAAGACCCUCAGUUCUCUGGCUCUGGUAUUUGCAUUGCAUCACUUCAAGCCUACCCCACUUUAUGUAAUGGAUGAAAUUGAUGCAGCACUUGAUUUUAAGAAUGUCUCCAUUGUUGCUAAUUACAUCAAGGAGAGAACCCGGAAUGCACAAUUCAUUAUCAUUUCUCUUCGAAACAACAUGUUUGAAUUGGCUGACCGCCUUGUUGGCAUUUACAAGACUGAAAAUUGCACCAAGUCAGUAACUAUCAACCCCUCUAGUAUUGGUCAACCCCUACAGGAAAUCAACACUUAA